CACACACAAGUCGGCCAUAUUAGAGAGAUGGAAAUAAAGCUUCCUUAAUGUUGUAUAUGUCUUUGAAGUACAUCCGUGCAUUUUCUUUCUUAGCUUCUAACCAUUCCUCCCUUGUGGUCCUUGGUCCCUCAAUCACCCUCUCCCAUAGCCCACCCGCUUAACAUCACAGUCUCUGAAAAUGCACAGGGAUGCCUGGCUACCUCGCCCUGCCUUCAGUCUCACGGGGCUCAGUCUGUUUUUCACUUUGGUGCCCCCAGGACGGAGCAUGGAAGUCACAGUCCCUACCACUCUCAGUGUCCUCAAUGGGUCCGACACCCGCCUGCCCUGUACCUUCAACUCCUGCUACACCGUGAACCACAAGCAGUUCUCUCUAAACUGGACUUACCAGGAAUGUAGCAAUUGCUCAGAGGAGAUGUUCCUCCAGUUCCGAAUGAAGAUCAUUAACCUGAAGCUGGAGCGGUUUGGAGACCGUGUAGAGUUCUCCGGGAACCCAAGUAAGUAUGACGUGUCGGUGACACUGAAAAACGUGCAGCUGGAAGACGAAGGCAUCUACAAUUGCUACAUCACCAACCCACCGGACCGCCACCGUGGCCAUGGCAAGAUCUACCUGCAGGUCCUUCUGGAAGUGCCCCCAGAGCGGGACUCCACGGUGGCAGUCAUUGUGGGUGCCUCAGUGGGGGGCUUCUUGGCUGUGGUCAUCUUAGUGCUGAUGGUGGUCAAGUGCGUGAGGAGGAAAAAGGAGCAGAAGCUGAGCACGGAUGACCUGAAGACUGAGGAGGAGGGCAAGACGGACGGUGAGGGCAACAUGGAAGACGGUGCCAAGUAACCGCAGCCCGCCCCAAUGCCCCUCCCUGUGUCCUGUCUCCUCUCACUCUCUGCCCUGUACAGUGUGACCCUGCCUGCUCUCUCAUGGUGUGCUUCUCUCAAAUAGGACCCCAGAUCAACCUGGGGCCUCACUUCCCACCCACCCCCCCCCCAUACCAAGGGUGACCUCCCUCCCUUUCAUUCAAAAACUGCCUUGGUAUCUGAGAUAUGCGAGCCCUGGGGGAGCACAGAAGGGCUCUAGCCUGUCAGUCUUUGCGGAAGAAAGAUCAUGUGUGUGGUCCCAAAGAUGGGAAGGGGCGGGAGGACAGUGGGGGAAGAGGCUGGUUGCCCAUCUUGUCUAGGGUUUGGUCUGAUGGUGGUUUAAACUGUGGUGGUAGCAGUGUGUGUGUAUGCGGGGAGGGUGUCCUGUGUUGACCAGAGGCACCAUGGGAAUGACUCAUGGUGGCUUUGCUGUGUUCCUCUGGCUACUCCCAGCACAGAACAACCAUCAGGCUGGGGAUGAAGGUGAGGUCCUGCCAUUUGUGGGGGCAUUUUUAAAAAUGCAUUUAAAAUCAAGUGCAUUUCGAGGGCGCUCAAGGAAACCUGGGGCUGAGGCAUUCGUGGACACGAGCCUUGGCCCAGAGAACUCUGCUCUGGCCUCAUUUCCAUCACUAGCUGCUCCCAGGGAGACUCUGGUUCGCUGUUGACUACUGCUCUCUUGGGGAUGCUGCAGGAGCAUUGCUGAAAAAGCAGCAUCAGGCAAGAUCAUGCCCCACCCUAGGGACCCCCCAGCAGGAUCAUGCCCCACCCUAGGGACCCCUAGCAGGAUCAUGCCCCACCUUAGGGACCCCCAGCAGGAUCAUGCCCCAUCCUAGGGACCCCUCAGAAGAAUCAUUCCCCACCUUAGGGACCCCCCCAGAAGAAUCAUGCCCCACCCUAGGGACCCCCCAGCAGGAUCAUGCCCCACCCUAGAGACCCCCAGCAGGAUCAUACCCCACCCUAAGGAUCCCCCAGCAGGAUCAUGCACCACCCUAGGGAACCCCCCAGCAGGAUCAUGCCUUAACUUAGGCACCCCCAGCAGGAUCAUAUCCCACCCUAAGGACCCCCAGCAGGAUCAUGCCCUACCUUAGGGACCCCCUAGCAGGAUCAUGCCCCACCCUAGGGCCCCCCAGCAGGAUCAUACCCACCCUAUUGAUCCCCCAGAAGAAUCACACUCCACCCUAGGGACCCUCAGCAGGAGACCUUUGUUGGAAUCUGCUAGGGGACCAAGGGGUGCUGACUUCAUUACAAACACGUUUAGCUGCCUUCUCUAACAAGAUGAUCACCUAGGUCUCAGCCACUAGCAGCCAAGGCUCAGAACUCAUGUGUGUGUGUGUGUGUGUGUGUGUGUGUGUGUAUAGAGGGCAACUUCCUGCAGGGCUUCAGUUGGGGGUUUCUAGUUGCCUUUGGCAGGGUUUCCAUCUGGCUUUUGGCAAGAAGAAAGAGAAGGCUGGAGGGCACUGUGAGAGGACUCCCUGCCUCUGAGCCUCUGAGCACUCACUGCCCUAGGACUCCCUUUGCAGGGGAGAGAGCUGCUCUUGUGCGAACCCAACUUUCACUGCCGUUUUACUAUCAUUAUAAGGAACUUGUCUAAGUCUAGAGCCGGGGAGAAAGGCGGGGUAGAAACCGCUCACUGGAGAGCAUGGUGUUGGGAGAUGCCCAGAGCCUCCUACAGAUCAGGAGACUGAAGUGACCAACAGAAGCUGAAGGGAAGGUCUUGCCCAAUUCUGGCUCCCUGGUCCCCACUUAGAACAAAUAGAGCUUCCUGGUGGGAGGACCUCAAGUUUAGAAGGUGUUUGUGUGUGGUGGUAGUGGGGUUCAUCUAGCCCCACUCCCCUCCCAGGAACUCAGCCCCUAUAAGCUCAGGGAGUUAGCUGUCCAGUGUAAGGAGUGUGGUAGAUACAGGACCAUGACAGUCUCAGGGACCAAUCCUUGCCUCUGCUUAUCAGAUAGCCAACUAGAAGAGACGAUGAGAGCAGAUGGGAGGUUCCCUUUAAUUCACUUCCAUUCAAUAACCAUUUCUUGAGCGUCUGCUCUAUGCCAGGCACUGUUCUGGGUGCCAGGAGAAUUACAAAGCCAUAACAGGGUUAGGGACUGCCAGAUCCGCACAGUAGGACCAAUAUUAAUAUUUUGGUGCGUCUACUUUCGCCUCUGUAGCCACUGCUUCCACAAGAGAGUCAGGGGAGAAGGAAGAAGGCUUUUGAAUGUGGAGCUUGGGAAAGUAAGAGGGCAGGGAAGAGGGAAGGGACCACUGGGAGGGGUCAGGGAGGUUGAGCAUGGAGUAGGGGUUGGGUAACCAACCAGAGAACUCCCAGUAAGGUGAAUCUAGCCCUUCUGAAAGUUCUACACUCUUUGGUUCAGUACCUAACUGUCAGGCAGCAUACCACCAAAGGGAAUAGGCUAAACCACCAGGAUGCCUGGAACAGGUAGGCACUGCUUAUCCUUCAAGCCAGCCAGCUAGGGGUGGAGAGAUAACUGGUGGGCACCUCAAAGCAGCUGGAACCAGAGAUGGUGGUAUAUACUUCGGCGACUUGGAAUAGUGAGUUCUCAUCACCUUGCACAUGCCCUCUUCUCUCAGGAUGCACUGACUUUGUUCCCACUAGGUGGGCUACUUGUGAGAUCCCCUGAGGGUUGUUUUAAGAAGGUCUGUCUCUUUAAGAAGCUGGAGUCUCUUGGGGUCUUUUUCUUUUCUGCCCUGAUGGAGUGGGGUCCAGGGAGAGCAAGGGAGAACAACGCUGUCUCUGGACCCCACAGGCUGGGCCAGGAGCUGUUUCUGCCCCAGGUGCUUGCCCUCAUGUUCACUUUCUUCUGGAGCGGCUUUUGACCCUCCUCCAGGGCCUCUGGGCUGUGAGGUUGGGAACAAAGCCAGGCUUCUGCGAGGUGAGGUGGGAAACGGUGAGAUGUUUCCACCGGAGCCUUGUUCAACCUUGCUUCCCAGCUUACGCCUGCAAACUGCUCUCUCGCUGCUGCGUGGGCUCUGGGCUCCACUGCUGGCUGCACGCUCCCACCACUGUGCUCUCAAUCGCUCCUGCCUUUCCUGCCCUCCCAGAACCCCCGCCACACAUCCCAUCUGCCUCUUCCUCCUAAUUAAGGGCCACAGCAAAGAAAGAUGGGCUGGCUAACCCAUGGGAUUUAGCUUAUGAGAACAAAGCACAAUUUUUCAGGACUGAAAAUGCCUUGAGGUGCCUUGGAACUGGCUUUAGAAAUAGCUCUCUGCCCCUCCAGCGAUGAACUCAUCAGUUAUUCCCAGUUUAUAAAAAAGGAAAAGCUGAUUGGGUCCACAUUUGCCUGCGAGUCUUCUUGGGAAAGUUGGGUUGCUAAAUAUUUACAAGAUCAGGUUCAGGAGGCAGACAGGUGGAAAUACUGGCCAGGUCCAAAGAAGUUAGUCCCAGGUCAUAGGAACGGCUUGGUGCAGUUGGAACGGGUGAUAAACCAAGAAAACUUUCUCCCUACAUAUGUCUUAAGGAUAGAUGGCCUUGCUGUGCCUCUUGCUGAUGUCUUCCUUUAUUGAAGCUUGCUGAUGCGAUUGUACAUAGCCUUUCUAUAUAGGUAUAGAUAUAUUAUAUGUGCAUAUAUAAAACAUCUCACUAUGCCCACCCCAAAAGUUACACUGUUGGGGUGAGGGCAUAACCACGUCUCAAUGUUUUCUAGUAGAUUCACCAAAGGUUCCUUAUGGAAUGUUCUUUAUGCUUUUUGGGGAGAGCCCAGCUGCAUAGCAAGCGCUUAUGCAUGUCUAGGUUCUACAUGCUGUUUGGCGGUUGGAAGGAGUGGUUGGAAGGGGAGAGAAGCUUAAACAAAUGGUCUUCUGAGACCUGACUGCUGGGAGCAGGCUGAGUUUCUUUAGCGGUUUGUCUGGUUGCUUGGAUCUGUUGGCUGCAAUAAACACACUGUCUCC